AAAUGGUGUUUGUGUCCAAGAGAUGCAAGGGUAUUGGAUUGGAAAUCAGUUGAAGAAUGUCGAAAAAUCAAAGGAAGCAUGUACAAGUCAGAAGCCUAACAUGAGCCAUGAAGAAAUUGUGGAUGAAAUUGACAGAAAAGAUAUUGAAAGACACUUGAGAUAUUUAACAAAAGAACCACAUAGCGCUGGCACGCUACGAAAUUACCAACUUGCAUUAUACAUAAAAAACAAAUGGGAAAAAGAAUAUGGCAUUCCAUCCAAGUUAAUCCGCUACAAUGUUUUGUUAUCUUUCCCCUCAAAAGAAAAACAAAGCGGAGGGUAUUUGAUAAACAGUAAUGGUAAGGUGAAAUUUACAACACAAACUCGCGAAAAGCCUGUUGAAAUUUCAGAGGAAAACGACAACGCUUUACCGUCCUUCGCCGCCUACUCUAUAUCAGGAAAUGUUACAGUAAGUACGAAAACGCCACAAAACUAUUCAAUCCAUUUCUUAUAUCAAGCUGAUCUUAUCUACGUCAACUACGGCACCGAUCUAGACUUCGAUUAUUUGAGGAGAAACGAUUUGAGUUGCGAAGGAAAAAUUGUCAUCGUACGAUACGGCAAAAACUUUCGAGGAGAUAAGGUAAGAAUGGCUAGUGAGAAUGGAGCCAUUGGUGUUAUGGUUUACAAUGAUCCAGCUGAGUUCGCCCCAGUCUCUGAUACCUACCCACAUAGCAAAUAUCUGCCAUGCACCGGGGUACAACGUGGAGCAUUUCGCAUGGGAAUUGGUGAUCCUGAAACACACGGUUACCCCUCAAUAGAUGGCAUAUACAGAACGAGUAGAGGCCAAGAAAAUCUUUCAGCAAUUCCAGUUUAUCCUAUUUCGGCUUGUGAUGCAUUUCAUUUCAUAAGCAAAUUGAAAGAGACUGUAGCAACUCCCAAAUCCUGGAAAGGUGGUUUAAACACAACAUAUAAUAUCGGACCAGGAUUUCAGAAGACAUAUCAACACUGGAAAGUUCGUCUCGAGGUGCACAAUGAAGAAAGCCGGGAAAAUAUCUAUAAUGUGGUUGGAUUAAUACGUGGGAAAUAUGAACUAGAUCGUUAUGUCAUCAUAGGAAACCAUCGUGACGCAUGGAUAUUUGGGGGAGUGGACCCGAGUGGAGGAACUGCGUGUCUGAUCGAGAUCGGCAAAGCUCUGGGAAAAGCCAUGAAAAAAGGCUGGCGCCCCCGUCGAAGCAUUCUACUAGCAAGUUGGGGAGGCGAAGAAUAUGGAAUGAUUGGCUCAACAGAAUACGUAGAGGAAUUUGCGCAAAUCCUACGUGAAGAGAGCGUCGCUUAUCUGAAUAUAGACUCGCCCGUAAGAGGUAACUACUCGUUGUAUGCAAAAUCGUCUCCGAUGUUAUACGACGUCUUAUACAGCGCAGCAAAAAAGGUUAAUAACCCUAGCAAUGAACGAGAAACAAUCUACGAUCAAUGGAUCCGAAAUCUUCCAUCCGGAAAUAAUAAUGAUCCAAGGAUAGGUGAUAUUGCAGCAGGAAGCGAUUAUAUGUCAUUCAACCAACAUCUGGGCGUUCCGAGUGCGGAGAUCAGAUAUGUUGCAAGCAAAGUAAACUUUGGAUAUCCGACCUAUCACUCCCUGCAUGACACCUUCCACUAUGUGACUACCUUUGUCGAUCCCCACUUUUAUAUCCAUCGAGCUGUUGCUAAGGUGAUGGCGCGCACUGCACUGGCACUAGCGGAUAAUGAGCUACUACCAAUGAAAGCGAGUAAAUACGGAGAGAAACUCCAACGUGGAUUAAAUGACUUCAAAAGAAAAUAUGGCUUUGUAUUGAAGAAGAACAACAUUACAUUAGUGUACUUGAGAGAGGCAAUAAAGUCAUUCAUAGCCUCAGCAAAAGCACUGGACGAAAGAAUACGUAAUGCAAGUAAGAAAAGGGUAUUAACAAAGCGCAUGCUCAAUGACAAGCUCAUGACGCUAGAGAAAGGCUUUGUCAGUAAUAACAAAGUGUUUGGUCGACUACAUACGAGACAUGUCAUUUUUGGAUUGAACAACAAAAAUUCAUACAAAACAGAGAUAUUUCCAGGCUUGUGUGAAGCGCUCGUGCAAGAAAGGAAAUCAAACGAGACACGAAGGAGAAUCGAAGAGCAAAUGAAUACAAUAACAACGCAUAUCUACGGCGCAGCAAAUUACUUGAAGGUUUUCUACUAACAUAAAAAGCUUGAAAAGAUAUUCGAAAUGAAAAUUCACCAGAAUAGAUGCUUGUAAUAUGCAAUUUAUGAAAUGAUUUUGACUACAAAACUGCAGUAGUGUAAUGUAGGAUAUGAUUAUAAACGGGAAAUUAAUGCAUACGUUGUUUUUAUAUUUGUAGAAAACUCAACUGUUAGCUAUUUAAAAUAUCUCGACAACCUACAAAUGUUUGCAUAAUGAUAAUGUAGUUUGCAGAAAUCGUUAUAAUGAGCUGACGUGAUGUACGAAAUAUAUAAAAAAAAAUACAA